AUGCCUCAUGCCGUGUCGAUGCCCUCGCCUGGGCUGCAGGCCAUCAUAUUAUGUGGCCCAGGUUCAUCCUUUCCCACCUUUACUGCCAAUCCAGACGAAAACCCAAAGGCACUGCUACCCAUUGCGAACCGGCCCAUGGUAUGGUAUCCGCUCGACUUCUGUUACCGAACUGGUAUAACCGACAUUACACUUAUUUGCCCACCGUCGGCGGCCACUGCAAUCAAGACAGCCUUGAACACCAACCCGUUCCUGACAGGACUUCCACACCCGCACCCAGACCUGGUAGCACCAGAGGACUUGGAUCUCACAACAGGCACAGCCGAGAUUCUUCGACUGCCCCAAGUCAAGAAGAUUCUGACUUCCGACUUUGUUGUCCUGCCGUGUGAUCUUGUCUGUGAACUUGGAGGCGACAAGCUGCUCCAGGCAUGGAUGGUCCGCGCGACGGCUCCUUACGCAGACCCUCCUCAGCCCAGUGGAGGACUGGGAGUGUGGUACGAGACAAAGACGACUACACCCAUCAAGGGCGAGGAGACAGACUUUAUUGCGACCACGCCACUCGCCCAACCGACAGUGCCGACUCCCAAGGAUUCGUUAUUGUCGCAACUAUCAAAUCUGGCGCUUUCAAUGCCCACCGACUCCCUCAAAGAUCUUACCGAGGAAAAGAAGGGCUUUCCUAUUCGCCAUGGCUUAUUACGAAAGCAUCCCAGACUUAGAAUGUUGACUUCUCACCGCGACGCUCACAUUUACGUUUUGCCUCACUGGAUACUGGACUUUAUUUCGAAAAACCCACGUCUAGAGACUCUGGGCGAGGACGUGAUUGGUUGGUGGGCCAAGUCAACCUGGCAGGAUGGACUCGCCGAGAAGCUCGGCUUCUCAGACAUUUUGAAAUCGUCAGAAGGUGAUGCUGGCGGCAAGGGCAUCAUGAGCCCCUUUAGCGAGGGCGAUGCAUCCCCUACAAACGAAUCCCACUCGCCAACGCGUGAUUCUCAGAUUGGAAGCUCUUUGGCUUCCUCCAAGCCUCGAGGCUCUGUGGUGCCGCCGAUCCUCGCAUACCUGCAACCCACGGAGCCGACAGGUCCUCUCAUUCGCCGAGUCGAUACUGCACAAAUCUUGCUUUCAGUGUCUUUGCAGUUGGCCAAGCUACCAUCUAUCGAGGAAGCGGGCGCCGAGGCGUCCGUCUUGGCCCACUCCCGCAAGAUUGCCUAUCCCGAAGGUGUCAAGCCACGGACCACCAUUACCAAGCAAGACUCUUUGCUGGCUGACAAUGUCACCGUAGAGGAAAAGACAUCCAUCAAGGAGUGCGUCAUUGGUGCUAAUUGCCAGAUUAAGGAAGGAGCCAAAUUGUUCCAAUGUGUACUGAUGGAUGGCGUCGUGGUUGGAAAGGGCUGUAAAUUGACACGCUGCAUCCUGGGAAAGAGAAGUGAGAUUGGAGAAGGUUCUACGUUGACCGAGUGCGAGGUGCAAGAGAACCUUUUGGUGGAACCCAAGACCGAGGACAAGGACAACAAGUUCAUGAGUAGCGAGGGUCUUGAGGCCACGGAAGAAGAAUUGCAGGACGCACUCAUGGCCGACGAUGACAAUGUCGACUUGAUGGGCUAG